AUGGAUUUUGACCAUCUUGCCGAAAAGAAACAGGAACAGAAGGCCACUGCUUGGUUGAACCUUUUGACGAGUCGGAGCCCAGAAAUCUUGUCUAUGCAGCUUGCUGAGAAGCAUCGGCCUGGCGAAACAGUAUCUGCAUGCCUUUGGAAAAGUGGUGCUUUCAAUAUAUGCUAUCGUGUCCGGUAUAACGAGGGGCCAGAUGUCAUUGUUCGUUUCGCUGCCCUUGGAAGGGCUAUUCUACGCAGGGAGAAGGUCCAAAAUGAAGUCGCAACGAUGAAGUACAUACGCCACACCACUUCGAUACCAGUUCCUGAAGUGUUCGGCUCCGGUAUCUGUUGGGCGGGUCCUUACAUUGUCAUGUCAUUUCUCGAAGGAGUGCCAUUAUCGCAACUCCUCAAAGAUCCUUCCAUAAAAGGAAGGCCUGUCCUGAACCCGCAAAUAAGCGAUCGGAGCUUGAAGCGGGCUUAUCGCGAGAUGGCCGCGCUUGUCCUCGAGUUAUCCAAGCAUGAAUUUGAUUCUAUCGGGGCGCUUGGGGAGAAUGAGAGGGGGUUUUCAAUCACCGGGCGACCUCUCACCUUCAACAUGAAUGAGUUAAUGGGGUCCGCAAAUUUGCCUGAAGAAGUCUUCCCCUCGCACACCUUCAGGUCAGCCACGGACUACUUUGAAACGCUUGCUAUACAGCAUCUCCUCCAUCUUCGGCUACAGCAACGAGAUGCCGUCAGCAGCGAGGACGACUGUCGGAGGAAAUUCACUGCUCGUUGUUUAUUCCUUAAUAUUACGAAGAAACUCUGCGCCGAGCAUCCUCAAGAGCCGUUUCGGCUAUAUUGUGACGAUUUUCGUCCUUCAAACGUCCUUAUAGAUCUGGAUGCCUCACGUGUCUCGGGAGUUAUUGACUGGGAGUUCACAUAUGCUGCGCCUGCUGAGUUUACAUAUGUAGCUCCUUGGUGGCUCUUGCUGCAAAGCCCGGAAGAUUGGGAGGGCGAUUUAAACGAGUUUCUGGUUCGGUAUACUCCCCGACUUCGUGCCUUUCUGGACGUCCUAAGCGACCAUGAAAAUAAGUUGAUUAAACAACACCUCCUUUUGGAGUCACAGCGCCUCUCUCCCCGGAUGGAACACUCCAUGGAGACUGGGUUAUUUUGGGUAUGUCUAGCAGCAAGGUACAGCUCCAUGUUCGAUGAAAUCUAUUGGACAUUUAUCGACCACCGGUAUUAUGGGACUUUUACUUCUCUCGAGGACCGUAUACAGCUUUUGGACCCUGAACAGCAGCAUGAGAUGCACGAGCUUGUGAGGAUCAAGACUGACCUGUGCAAUGAGGAAAAGGAAAGUUUCGACGAUCACUAUCCAAUUGACAAGCUACUUGAAUUAUGA